AUGAUACUUUACAAGGCCCUUCUGCUCGCUCUAGUGAGCGCCACCUUUGUCGUCGCUUCGCCGCUCGGUCGGCGUUCCGGGACCGUCGUUGCUCGCGACAAUAAUGGUGCUAGCGACGAUCCGAGUGGCAACUAUCCGAUCGGCAACGAUCCUCCCUGCGACCCAGGCUCGCCUUCCUGCGAGAAUCCGGACGGACUUUCAAAGAGAAACAUCGUCGUCCCUCGACAUGCGGUUGAAGGCGAGUUGGACAAGGGCGGUUCGGCUGGCCCGCCUCCCCAUGGCAACCCGGAUGACCCUCCUGGCCAUGGUCACCUGAGUCAUGGCGACACGUUCGAGCAGCCCAGAGAUGAUCCGUUGUGCGAGCUCGAUCCAGCAUCGUGCGAGGAUCCGAGCGCACAGGACCCUUUCGGCAAGUUUGAGAAGCGCUCAGGUCCACCUCCCAAUGGCAACCCUUACGAUCCCAAUCCUCUCUGCGCAACUCACCCGGAGUUGUGCCAUCCCAACGCCAGCCAGGACCUGGCAAAGAGGGACCACGAGAGCAUUGCUGCGUUCUGCCGAAAACACCCAGCUGCUUGCGACCACGCUCGUCAAGGCCAUAUAGAUCGACGCGACCUCGGCAAACGUGAAGAUGCGCCACCCGUCUCGGUCGAGGAACAUCGCAAAGGUCACGGAAGCGGGAUAUGGAGUCCUCGUUGCGCUUACGACCCCGCAUAUUGCGACGGCGUCGUUGAAGGUCGACUGGAACGACGAGCCUCGCACCCCAGACGUCCAGGUGAAGGCAAUCCCAGGACGCCAUGGAACGAUCCAGCUUGCGCCGAAGACCCGGAGGAUUGCGAUCCUCCCUACAAUGGUCAUCGAGAACGUCAGGUGGAUAUCGAAGCUCGAUCUGUCAUCGAGGGUCGACUGGAACGACGAGCCUCGCACCCCAGACGUCCAGGUGAAGGCAAUCCCAGGACGCCGUGGAACGAUCCGGCUUGCGCUGAAGACCCGGAGGAUUGCGAUCCGCCCUACGGACCGGGUCGGGAUCGUCACGUGGAUGUCGAAGCUCGAUCCGUCGUCGAGAGCCGACUGAACCAUGGCGAGCUCGAGGAGAAGCGACAAAGGAAGCCCUUCCCGGAACCUCAACCUCCUCCUGAUCCCUGCGAGAUUGACCCCGCGCUCUGCGAUGCCAAAAAGAAGGAUGUUCCGCUCGUUGCCGACGGUCGAUUGAAUCGACGCGGAGUUGUCGAGGUCAAAAAGCCUGCGGCAGACAAAGAGUGCCCUUGGCCGUACUGCGAUCCGAAUCCGCCACCCCAACCCCCUCCUCCUACGUGCACACCUUGCCCAUACCUCCCGUACUUUUGCCCGCGCGACAAAGGGUGGUGUCCGCCGAGUGGGAAGAGUGGAAGGGAUGCCGAGCCUCGUCUGGAACGACGCGAGCUACACGGACGACGAGAGGACGAGCUGCCGCCUUCGGCAGGACACCCUGCGAACGGCAAAGGCUCGGGCGAUUAUACAUUCUGCAGAUACUACCCGGAGUAUUGUCAUCCUCCUGCCGACCUGCACGAAUCGAAGGUUUCCUCUUACGAACCGACCUACAAAGAGGUCUACCUAUGGUGGAUCUCUGCCCAUCCGGGCUACGAUACCCUUCCGUCAUACCGAGAGAUGGUGAAGGAGUUCAAGGCGGCUCACGGAGGUCACCACAAGCGCUCUAAUCUGCAGGAGUACAACGAAGGUCACAUCUUGCUCGCCAGCCCCGGGGAGAGAGCGAUGAAAGACGCCCAUCACUGGCGCACGCUGGACGAGCCGACCUACGAGGAAGUGGGAGAGUGGUGGGAGGCGACGCACCGGAGCUGGAAUGGCGACUACAAGAGCCUUCCGCCGUACUCACAGAUGUUUGAGGCGUACAUCAAGGCUCAUGGCAACCAUGAUGCCGUAGUCGAGAAGCGCUCGUCUCCGCCAGCUUCCAGCGAGGCUGACUUUGAAGGGCUUCCCAGCUCGACCAACAAGGACGACUCCAAGGCAGCGACCGAACGGUACAAGCGCAAGCAUUUUGAAUGGGAUGGAAAGGUCGUUCAUGGUGUCGAUGAAGGGGACAUCAACGAGGAGAACGAGGAGGCACACUUCUCAGGCGAUGCCAAGGCGACGAUCCCUCACCACAAGCAGAAUCCGCGCCCCGAGUGCCCCACCUGCGGGAAGUAG